AUGAGAUCACAAAACCGCAAGAGAAAAUAUGAUGGAGAUACACAAGGAGAACCAAAUCACCAAGCAAAGAGAAGAGAAAACAGAGGCGCCCUGACUAACACGCCCAGACACAUUGCGCAAGAAUGCCCAAGCAAGAACCGAUAUCGUCAACCAGUUCCGCCUCAUAUAGUUUGUCAUUCUUGUGGAGAAAAAGGGUACUAUUCAAACUUCUGUCUGAAACUACAACUCAACCAGAUUAUAGCAUUUGAAGAACCUCCUCCACGGCCUGAAGCUGAAGCACCAGCACGCCCAGCGAUCAAAGCACCAACGCCCUCACCACGGAGGUUGAAGAAAACAACCUUUGGGACGUUUGAGAUGAUCAACAAGACCGCGGGACGUACCGUGGGACAGUCGGGUCCGGACGAUGGCGUCAGACGGACUGUCCGGAACGCGGGAUGCUCACCGUGGGACGAUUUGGGAAGGACCCCAAUCCCACCAUGCAUCAAAAAUGACAAGUGUUAA